ACAGAGGCGGGACUUGUACGGUAGAAAUGCCUUGGUUGUAGUCGAUCAGGAUGGAUUCAUUCAUAAGACCAGAUCUGCUACUGUGCACCGUAAUACAAGACAACGUCCUCCGGCGUACCGCGGACGGACUUUAUGGAUUUAUAAUCGCACGUUUUGACGAGCGGAUAAAGGAGAGCGCUCCGAGGAUUUAAAGCUGAACGAGAGGACCUCUUAACCGAUUGAAUUGGGACACUUUUCCCCCUAAACGCGGGGAACUGGAUUAAGCUUCUUCAUGCAACUUUUUUGGAAAGAAACCAGGAGCAUCUCACCGGGGAAUUACAAAAAGAUCAGCAACGUAGGCUACCUCUUCUUUAGUAAUCUUCUUGUGCGUGCCGCUGCCCUGUCGCUGCAGGUGACAUCGCGCUCUCUCCGGUAACUGCAGGUGUCUCGUUCUCUCUCGGUCCCUCCGGGGAAAUGUACCAAGGGUUCCCCGGCGACCCAGACAACGGAUCCCGUGGAAGCUCGUCUCCAUCCAUAGAGUCCCAAUACCUUUCCUCCGUGGACUCCUUCGGGAGCCCGCCGACCACCAGCGCUCCGCAGGAGUGUGUGUCAGCGGGAGCUGGCUUGAGCAUUGUGGACAGCGGGCCAGGGGCUAGUGUCAUAGGGGAGAUGCCCGGUUCAUUUGUGCCAACCGUUACCGCCAUCACCACUAGUCAGGACCUGCAGUGGAUGGUACAGCCGACCCUCAUCUCUUCCCAGGCCUCUGGACAGAGUGGGUCCACUGGCACCACAACCAUGACCCAGCCAGUGUCACUGGUUGACCCAUAUGAUAUGCCAGGCCCCAGUUAUUCCUCGGGGGCUGCAUUUACUCCUCCAAGUUCAGAAACUCCGGGCCCAGCACCGGGCCCUAUGCGCCAGUCCAGAACCCGUAGCCGCCGUGCAAGAGAAGAGUCUGUGAGUGAAGAUGGAGAUGUUAGUGUGUUACUAACACCCGAGGAGGAGGAGAAGAGGCGUAUUCGACGAGAGAGAAACAAGAUGGCUGCCGCCAAGUGCAGAAACCGCAGACGAGAACUCACAGACAGACUGCAGUCGGAGACGGACAUACUGGAGGAGGAGAAGGCAGAGCUGGAAGCUGAGAUCUCUGAGCUGCAGAAGGAGAAGGAGCGCCUGGAGUUUGUCCUGGUGGCCCACCAGCCGAACUGUAAGAUCCCAUACCAGGACCAACCGCAGCAGGGCUCAUCGCAGCUCCCUCCAGUCCAGUCCCAGCUCCCUCCCCAGACCUUACAACCUCCUGUCUCCAUUGUGGGCUUGGCUGUGAAGGAGGACUCUUUCUAUCUGCCUCCUGCCUACACAGCCCAUCCAGCCUCCACACAGUCCCAGCCUCCGGUUCAGCAGCAGCAAGUCCAGCAGCCUCAGCCAGGGAUAAUGCAGGAGGUAGAGUUUUCUAGUUCUUUCUAUGGCUCAAGCGAGCCAGCACCAGGCGGGCCAUGCCUUAUGGCCAGCGACAGUGGUGGUGGUGGUGGUAACCAUGACGAUGCGGCCAUUGGCAGCUACAACACCUCAUACACAUCUUCAUUUGUGUUCACCUACCCAGAGGGAGCCUGCGGGGUCAGUGCCAACCAGCGGAACAGCAGUAGCGAGCAGUCAUCUGAUUCCCUGAACUCGCCUUCGCUGCUGGCACUCUGACUGACCGACAGACACACGUGCACACAUAUCAACACACACACACAAUAUGCUCGCUGGAAGUAGAGGCUGAAGCAAGUACAUGCACAGUACCUAUCAGUCUCACAGUUUGAGGAAAAAAACAAAAAACAAACCAACGACCAAUCAUUUGUUUCGGAUUGGCUUAAAGUUUACACAUUCUGAAAUGCAUUCCAAUUAAGAGCCAUAUAAAUAGUUGCACAUGAAUUACAUUAGAUCUAACCUUUAACAUAAUAAAUCAUUUCUUGUUUUGUAUUAUUGGAAUAUCUGCAACUGGACAACGCAAGUGAAUAGAAACUUGAGUCACAAAACAACAAAAAAAAAAGUCCAAGUUGCCAAUCUUGAUCUUGAUCGAAGAUAUUCAACAUGUACAGUACAUUGAGUGAGAUACCACAAGCUCACUUUACACUCCGACAAGCACCAGUGCCCCCACCUUGUUCCCUCUGGCGGUUGCCCCUUUUCCAGUGCUCUUGCUCUCAUCCUUUUCCAUCCUUUUCUCCCUUCUUCCUCUCGCUGAAUGUAUUUGUGCAAGUCUGAAAUAGGGACGAAGGACGCUUUGUUCAGGGUCUUUUCUUGUGGGAGACAGACAGCUGAUUUCUCACUCACCUCUAACCCUUCAUCUGCUCGACUUCCCUCUGCUUCCUCAUUUGCUUCUCGGACUUGACAAGUUGGGGAUCUGAGUAACACAGCCUCCACUAAAUCUUGUGCUUGUCUUCUCUCGUUUUAAAAACAAAAAUUCUUCUGCCGUCUACCUGCCAUGCGACCCAUCUCUGCCCAUCUCUUUUUCUCCUCUUCUGUCUCUGUGUUUCUCCCUCUGAAGUCUUCGACCCCCGAGAGCCCGAAGACCCCCGAGAGCCCCUGGGACCUUGAGUGAAUGACGGCCCAACUAACACGCCCUUUUGCACCCUCUCAUACAAGGACAUGGAUGCAACCCCCCCUCCCCUUCCCCCUCCCAAAUACAGAAGAACCUUUUUCUUGGAGCUCAUUGCUCAAAGAGGAGCCUUACAGUGAACAGCAGCUAAAUACUUAUAUACACGCACAUAGACGCAUAAUUGAUGAACGCAAAAUGCAAGACGGAUGCCACUGUCUUCUGCUGAGCCAUUUUUCAAUGUUCACACAACGAUUAAACACACCUUAUAUUGUGAGGCCGGUUAAAAGUGAGGAUGGAGAGAGAUUUUAAGCAGGAAGGGAGGAAGGAAGUGCAACCGAGCUUGACAGACUCAGAUGGAGAGACGAUGGAUAAAAAGGAUGACUCCCAUCCUGGCCGUCAAUUCUUGGAACCAAAAGUUGAAAACAAAGAAAGAGCUAAAUAUUAAAAACAAAGUAUAAAGCAAAAAGAGCGAAAGAAAGAAAAAUCCUACUCUUGCCAACUGUGUGGAAGGGUGACCUCAGUAAAAACACCUCCAUACCACAGAGCCUCAUCACCCUGGGCCUACAUGCGCACAUCCACACCAUUGCUUUGAAGUCUCUGAACUGAAGAUACAGACGUAUUGUUGCAGCGCAGCAGCUCCGUGUUUUGCUCAGAAUCAAUCAGAUGUGAACCGAUGCCUUUAUUUAGAGGAGAGACGUUUCCUUUUUUUGUAGUGAUUCAGACAACCUCUAAACGUUGGGCUCAGUGGUCUCUGUACCUCCCCUGUUCUCUCAGCGGAGACAAGGCGGGGGUGCGUUUAUUGUGAGUGCGUCCACUCUGAGGCACCUGGCCCGUUUAUUUCUUUCUUUAUUGAGGUUGACGUGGCGAGUGAGCACAAAGCAAGACCUGGAAACAAAAGGGGAGAACAUGUGGGCUGAUGUUGUGGAGUCAGCGUCCCUUCUUUGCCUGUGAAUUUGUACAAUUUGUUUUUCCUGUAAGUUUGAGUGAGAAUUGUUAUAUAUUUUAAUGUCUAUGUUUGUUUGUGUGUUUGAUUGUUUUGCAUUGACCUCUGCUUUCAUUUGUACUGUUGCCGUUUCUUGGUUUUGUUUGUUUUGUUUUUUAUUUUUAAUGGGGAGAUUUCCUUAUAACUGUUACUAUUAUUAUUGCAUUGUAACAAUUGUUUCAUUAUUUUAUUGUAUUUUCAUUUGGCAACUUUGGAGGCAUGUUGUGCACUACAAAAAAAAUCUAAUUAUAAGUCUUUAUGCAUAUACAUAUAUACAGGUAACAUGUAUAUAUAAGUGUAUGUACCAUGAUUGUAAAGUAUGAAUGUCUGCAGAUCUAAAUGGGAUAUUUUUGUCAAUGAAGAACAAGAUAAAAUGUUACUGAGGUUUAGUUUUAAAAUGAAUAUUUUUCUAAAGGAACAAAAAAAAAACUAUAAUAAAUUUAAAGUACUGCCCUGUCCCUAAACAUGAAGCACGAUGUCACUGCCUCUAUCAAUGUGUAUUUAUGUUUUAUAAACAAUAUAAAGCACUAUCCAAGUUACAUUCAAUGUAUGUUUAUAAUUAUGAUGUUAGAAGGUUGUGGUAAGGCCUUUGUUUUGUUUGUUUGUUUUUUCUCUGUGAGGUCUGUCCCAAUGCUACUGACACCUUAAUGCCACUUGAUCCUUAGCAGACGCAAAAUGAGGAAAAAAAAACUAGUGUGAUUGAAUGUCAAUACACAUAUUAAAAGUGUUCAGACUACAACAUAAUGACUAAACUGAUUCAUUUAAGGACAAAGUAUUUCAUACGUAGUAUGCCUUUAUGUCCAGUAUAAACAUAUCACUCAAUAACAUUGUUAUUUCCUAACUGCAAUGUGUGUUUGAAGGAUAACCACAGUUUUAGCCUUGUUAUGAACAUUAUCAUGUUAAAGUUUACCCGUUCUUGUAGUCAAGCAAAUAUGUUGUCUAACUGACAUAAAAAAACAUCUUGCGAUUGUAUUUGCUGGAUAAGAAGCUUUAUUUUCAAUAAAUAAAACAUGUUUAUUCAAAACAAUGGCUAGAUUAAUGAUAGAAUGUUUUGCUCAAACGUGGCUCUCGGUGGUCAGAAAAUGGGCAGACCUCAUUUUUUAAAUGUUGAAUAAGGACUGUGUUUGUACAGAUGUUGGAGAUGCCUUUUGAUUUUUCUCCAAAUGCAAAUGUGAUGAGAAUAUGUUCUGGUGUGAGAUUAAGCAUAAAACAUAUUCACGAGUUCUCAUGUAUAUAGGUUUUUGUGGUGCUACUUCUAGUGUACUAUAAUGACGUGGCAGUUUCACAUUGUAUGGUGGAAGGUUUUACAUUGCUGUUGCUGAGGCUCCAGACAAAUGAACACACGUUUAGAGUGGCAGCCAAUAACAGUGAAUUCCCAGCAGCUGAAGCUCUGAGAGCCCAGUAAUCACUCUAUGAUUACAUCAUGAUUUAAUAUCAAUUGCCUGAUACAUCUUUAAGUGUGAUAAACAGAUCUCAGAGGGUCCUCGUACUGUACCUGCACUCCACACGUACGCCCCUGAUCACCACACAACAUAACAGACUCAUUCUUUCAUCUAAUUUCUUCGCCUUGGAUUUAAUUGGAGCUGUCUGAAUUAACUUUAAAUAUUUUGUUUUUGCAAUCAUAAAUGGUUUGCUAAUGAAUUGGAAUAGGUGACACGGAAGGAAAAAGGAGAACUAUUUAGCUACCAGCUAUGAGACAGACAAGCUGUCUGCACCCACCUAUACUGUACAGUGGCUACGUUAUCGUGAACUGAACAAGAGCUUUCCUAUUUUUCUAUGAGAUGAAUGUUGCUAUGUAUUUCUAUUUUUCCACAAGUCUCAUAUACACUCUGAUAUCAUAUUUUCCCUGGUAUGAAAUGCAAUACUUAUUAUCCUCUUGGAUACACAUAAUGUAGCAAAUCACACAGUGCUCAAACUGACUGCUACUAUAUGUCAAGUGUGAUGAUGUAUUGCUUUAAUCAUCAUUUUUUUUCUUACAAUAUUAAAAGUUAUCCUAAAUAAUUAUCAUAACAUUUAAUUUUGAGACAAUCUUCAUGAAGAAAUUGUGAAACAAUAUCUAAAAAAAUCUCUUUUUCAUUUGUUGAAGGUUCCUCCACUUCAAUAAGUCAUUGCUUAUUUUCUAAUCCAUGAUGUUUAUCAAUGUUUUAUCACUUUUUGUAACAUGUUACUCUGUAUUUAUUUUUUCUGGGAGCAAAGGUUGCAAUUUUGUCACAUUUAAAAACAGAUGAUUUGAUACAUUUUGAGGUUACAGCAGUGAAAGGCCCAAAGAAACUUUGUGCUAGAUGUGACAAUGUCAGACAGAUGUCACUUAGAGCACAUGGAUAAUUACAUAACUAACUCAUGAAGGUGCUCUGAUAUCAAAUUAUCUGUUUAUUUCUGUGAUUAUAAUUUAAGAUAACUAGUUUUCUGCACAUUGAUAGAAUGUAUUGUUUACUCAUUUUUAUAACUUUUAUUUGCUUUGACUCAUGAAGAGGACCAAAGUGUACGACAAAUUUGCCACUUUUGCAACCCCAUGUCUGUGUCCAUAUUUCAGCUUCUGGCCCCUUUCGUUAUCCUUUCAAGGUUUACAUGAUAAAAAAGCUUUUUUCUCGGUUUCUAGACUGCAAAAGCUGGGUGAGCUGUCUCCUUUAAUGAUGGUUUGACCAAAUGCCAUUCAUUUCCAAUUUGUGAAGAAAUUACAUAAAUAAACAACAUAUUAUAACUUUAA